GGAGAUUCAACAACAAGUGGAUCAACUACAGGGUCAACAACAACUGAUGCAACAACAACAACUGCAGGUUCAACAACAACUGUUGUAACAUCAUCUGGAGGGUCAACAAUAACUAGUGGCUCAACAACAACUGAUGCAACAACGACAUCUGAAAGUCCAACAACAACUCUUGGGUCGACAGCAACUGCAGGAUUGACAACAAGCAGCGCAUCAACAACAUCCAUUGUUUCAACAACAACUGGGGGAUCAUCUACAACUGAAGAUUCAACAACAAGCGGAUCAACUACAACCGGUGGGUCAACAAGUGGAGGUUCAACAACACCAACUGGUGGAUCCACAACAACUGGUACAUCAGCUACAACUGGAGAUUCAACAACAAGUGGAUCAACUACAACAACUGCAGGGUCUACAACAAAUAGUGUAGCAACAACAAGUGAAGGUUCAACAUCAACUGAUGCUACAACAACAACUACAGUUUCAACAACAAGUGGUGGACCAACAACAACAUCUGGAGGUUCAACAACAACUGGUGCAUCAAUUACAACUGGAGAUUCAACAACAAGUGGAUCAACUACAGGGUCAACAACAACUGAUGCAACAACAACAACUGCAGGUUCGACAACAACUGUUGUAACAACAUCUGGAGGGUCAACAAUAACUAGUGGCCCAACAACAACUGAUGCAACAACGACAUCUGGAAGUUCAACAACAACUGUUGGGUCAACAGCAACUGCAGGAGUGACAACAAGCAGCGCAUCUACAACAACGGGUGUUUCAACAACUGGUGGAUCAACUACAACUGAAGAUUCAACAACAAGCGGAUCAACUACAACCGGUGGAUCAACAAGUGGAGGUUCAACAACACCAACUGGUGGAUCCACAACAACUGGUACAUCAGCUACAACUGGAGAUUCAACAACAAGUGGAUCAACUACAACAACUGCAGGAUUCAACAACAAGCGGAUCAACUACAACCGGUGGAUCAACAAGUGGAGGUUCAACAACACCAACUGGUGGAUCCACAACAACUGGUACAUCAGCUACAACUGGAGAUUCAACAACAAGUGGAUCAACUACAACAACUGCAGGGUCUACAACAAAUGGUGCAUCUACAACAAAUUCAACAACAAGCGGAUCAACUACAACCAGUGGAUCAACAAGUGGAGGUUCAACAACACCAACUGGUGGAUCCACAACAACUGGUACAUCAGCUACAACUGGAGAUUCAACAACAAGUGGAUUAACUACAACAACUGCAGGCGGAUCAACCACAACCGGUGGGUCAACAAGUGGAGGUUCAACAACACCAACUGGUGGAUCCACAACAACUGGUACAUCAGCUACAACUUUGGAUUCAACAACAAGUGGAUCAACAACAACAACUGCAGAGUCUACAACAAAUAG